CCACAACACCUCCACCUUUCCCAAAAACACAAUGUCCACUCAAAAUGCUGUCGUGGUCACCUCCCCCAAAGUGGCCGACCUGGUCACCGACCGGCCCAUUCCGACCCUUCGCGAUGACUGCAUCCUCGUGAAGACAGUCAGCGUGGCGCUGAACCCGACAGACUGGAAGCACGUUGCAUACCUGGCGCCGCCGGGCGUGUUGGUCGGCUGCGACUACGCCGGUAUCGUCGAAGCCGUCGGCAAGAACGCAGGGCAGCGGUUCCAGAAGGGCGAUCGGGUGUGCGGGUUCGUGCACGGGGCGAACGCGGUGCAGCCGGAAGACGGGGCGUUCGCGGAGUAUAUUGUGGCGAUCGCGGACCUGCAAAUCAAGAUCCCGUCGACGCUGAGCUUCCAGGAAGCGGCGACGCUGGGCGUGGGCAUCACGACGGUGGGGCAGUCGCUGUACCAGAGCCUGAAGAUGGCGCCGCCAACGGCGCCCCUGGCGCCGGGCGCGAGCGAGCCCAUCCUCAUCUACGGCGGCUCGACCGCUACCGGUGUCCUGGCCAUCCAGUACGCCAAGCUCUCCGGCUACGAGGUGCUGACCACCUGCUCGCCGCACAACUUCGACCUCGUCAAGCAGCUGGGCGCCGACGUCGUCUUCGACUACAAGGACCCCCAGUCCUCCGCCGCCAUUCGCAAGCACACCCAAAACAAGCUCCGGCUCGUCCUCGAUACCAUUUCCCUGGAACCUACCGCCAAAUUCUGCGAUGAGGCGCUUUCCACAGACGGCGGCGAGUACUCCUCCCUCCUCCCUGUCAAAAUCGAGCGCGCAAACGUCAAUGACCGCUUCACCCUCGGGUAUACCGCCUUUGGCGAGGACUUUAACUUCGGCAACACCCCCUUCCCUGCUAAGCCUGAGGAUCGCGAGUUCGCCGCCCGCUUCUGGGAGAUGUCGGCUAAGUUGUUGGAGGAGCGCAAGGUUAAGGUCCACCGACCCAAGGUUGGGCCCGCGGGAUUGAAGGGUGUCUUAGAGGGCUUGGAGCUCCUGAAGCAGGAGAAGGUCAGCGGUGAGAAGCUGGUUUAUAAUGUCGAGGAGACCCCUUAG